CGCAGAUGUGAGAAGACUUGCGUGCUCCGCUGCAAGCAAAUUGAGUUUCUACAGUUUUUCGGCGAGUUGCGUUGCCGUUUCCUCGAUUUACGCUGCUCCAUUCAGUAACAUGUGUUCAACUCGGGCUAAAAGCAAUUCUCAGAAAUUGCAGUUGCGUUUCGGUUGCCCGUUUCCUUGGUGUUCCAUCGCCACAAGAGUGUAACGAAGUUAAAAGUAACGCCUUAUAUUGCAGGUGCAAGUGAAGUUGGCUGUAGGAGCAAAGAAAAUGAAACCAAGAUAUCAUUCCAGUCCGGUGGAAAGAGGCCACUUGAGCUAGAAAUGACAACUGGAGAGAAUCAAACUGGAAUUCAGGAAGCAAAAUGGUUGGACAAGCAGGUGUUCGAUACUAACAUGCAUCUAACCCUUCAUUCUGGAUAUCAUGUGAACACUUCUGAUACAGUUGAAACAACUAUGAAAGGGAAGAUUUUUGGAUGGAAUGCAGCUGCAAGGGAAGUGGGCUGGAGGAGCAAAGAAAAUGAAACCAAGAUAUCAUUCCAGUCCUGUGGAAAGAGGACAUCUGAGCUAGAAAUGACAACUGGAGAUAAUGAAUCCAAAAUUCCGAGUAUGUUUGGAAAAUCAAGUAGACGAGAGCACUCUGGAGCCCCAAAUCAAGUGAGGCACAUCAGAGUUUGUGUACUGGCUCAAACUGAAGCCGAGGGAACAAAUGAAGACUGCAAUGAAGUACGGCAACCAAGUAAAAGACGACUGUUGGCUGAAGAAAUUAUACACUUUAUUGUGUGUCUGCAUAUGUGUGUAAGUUAAUUGUUAAUUAACUGUGAUUAAUAAGCCUGCAAAACUAUUAGCCACUCAGUUUUUAAUCUGAUACAUGACAGCACCUGAGGUCUGUUCACUUUAAUUUCACUAACAGAAUCCAUCUGUUUGUUUACUCAAACACCCACUAGUUCAAACGCAUCUCACUCUUAUUCCUUCCUUGGACUAGUCACUCUCUAGCUCUUCUGCUGCAGUUAUCUUAAGAUUUCCGUCUUCUAUUUACACAUCAGCUUCACUGUACCU